UUUCACAUUGACACGACACUCCCUCACGGCGCAUGUUAGCAUAUUCGGCGCCGAUAAAAAAACAAAGCGCGUGAGACCCACGCGCCUCGUCUUCCUCUUGCAACCAUUGUAGACACUCUCUUUCUCUCUCUAUCUCCGUUUCGAUCGUGUCUUUGAUUCGUCGACGUUCCUGUGCCCUCUUUCGGAUCCUUUUUCGUUUCGAUCGAAUCUUGUUGUUAUGAUGAGAAGAGAUCAAAUUUCUGCCCGUAAGAUGCCAACGCUGGUGGACCUUUGUGUUCAGAAAGUGAUAGACAAUAUAAGGUACCUUGGAAAUGUUGGUUGUGUUGAUCAGCAUCUGCUCGAACAAAUUUUGCCGCACUGCACUCUUGAUCAGUUGAGGCAUGUGGAGAAGUCCACUGAAGGCAGAGAUCUGACCCCUGUAACUGAUAAAUUAUGGAAAAAGUUCUUUGAAAUGCAGUUUGGCGUGAAUUGCACUAAUGAAGUAAUUAGGAGAAUGAGAGAAAAAAGAGUGUCAUUUAAAUGGAUGCAGUUGUAUGAGGCAAAAGUUAAGGAGAUGGCUCAGGUAGAGAAUGAAGCACUUGAUCGAAUCAAGAAACUGUACGAGAAAGAAGAUGCCAGAAAACAGAGUAGGCAAGUAAGGCUAUGCACCAAAGUUCCACCUUCAAGUAAAAGAAAAUUUUGGGGAGAUAAUGGACCUGGAUACAAUGUAUCAAAUGUGAAGAGCAACAUAAUGAAGAAGGCAAAGAUAGAAUUUCUAAAGAGUCAGGAGGUUAAAAAUCUUGCAGCAAUGAAGAAGAACUCUAUCCAGAGUCGUCCUAGUUCAUCAAGCAUCAUGAAGAGUGGAAGUAUUUCUGGAAUUGGUUCAACUUCUAAAGAUCCAAAUCUACAAAAAGGAUAUUUUAGGGGUAGACUGUGAAAGAUAGCAAUGCCAUGUAUCAUGAUUUGCUUUUAAAUUGUAAUAAUUUUUACAUUUAUCUCCAUGAUAAGAAAAAUUGGCUUCAAUUUCCCCGCUAAGCAUUUUAUUUGUGAUUGCAUUUAUGUUUGCCGCAUA